UGUAAGUGAAGAAUACGGGAGUGACUUGAAGUGCGGGGUUUGUUUACAAGAAGGACGGAAAAGGCAGAUAAAGAGACGCGCGGACGUUGCUCGAAUCGUUCUUUUGUACCGGGGCGCGAGGGGAGAAAGAAAAGAGGAAUCGGAGAGCAGUAUUAUAAAGAUGCCAUGGAGCAGUGCCACAACUACAACGCACGCUUAUGUGCAGAACGCAGCGUCCGUAUGCCUUUCCUGGAUUCCCAGACAGGUGUAGCCCAAAGCAACUGUUAUAUAUGGAUGGAGAAAAGACAUCGGGGCCCAGGUUCAGCACCAGGGCAGCUGUAUACAUACCCUUCUCGUCGCUGGCGCAAAAGGAGGAGGGCACACCCUCCUGAAGAUCCUAGGCUUUCUUUCCCUUCUCUUAAACCAGACCCUGAGCAACUUCUGAAGAAAGAAGGCUUUAUACCACAAGAUGGCAGCAGCCUGGAAGCUCUUCUGCGAUCUGACCCUAUUGAGAAGAGAAUUAUUCCUGACCCUCGAGAUGACGACAGCCUCACAGAGUUCCCCUCUGUUGCAGGUCGAGCACGGAAGCGUAUAUUGGAUCCUGAUGAUUUUUUAGAUGACCUUGAUGAUGAAGAUUAUGAAGAGGAUACACCCAAAAGACGGGGAAAGGGAAAAGCUAAGGGAAAAGGUUUGGGCAACGCCAGGAAGAAGCUUGAUGCUGCAGCUCUGGACGACAGGGAUAAGCCAUAUGCCUGUGACAACAGUUACAAACUAAAGCAAACUUCGAAAUUCUCCGAAAGAGUCUGUGGAAAACGUUACAAAAACCGACCCGGUCUGAGCUAUCACUAUGCACACUCCCAUCUGGUGGAUGAAGAAGGGGCAGGAGCGGAGGACAAAGAAGACUCUCAGCCGCCCACACCCAUUAUGCAUAGAACGGAGGAGCAAAAGAGUAAGCCAGCCAAGAAGGGCCCGGAUGGUCUUGCAUUGCCCAACAAUUACUGUGACUUUUGCCUUGGAGAUUCGAAGAUCAACAAGAAAACGAGCCAGCCAGAAGAGCUGGUAUCAUGCUCAGACUGCGGUCGCUCGGGGCACCCCUCCUGUUUGCAGUUUACACCGGUGAUGAUGGCUGCAGUGAAGACGUACCGCUGGCAGUGCAUAGAGUGCAAGUGCUGCAACAUUUGUGGGACUUCGGAAAAUGAUGACCAGUUGCUGUUCUGUGAUGACUGCGAUAGAGGAUAUCAUAUGUACUGUCUGUCACCUCCUAUGGCAGAGCCUCCCGAGGGAAGCUGGAGUUGUCAUUUGUGCCUGGCUCUUCUUAAAGACAAAGCAUCUAUUUAUCAGAACCAAAAUUCCUGACAUUUUACCCAAAUAGACAAUACAGGGUGAGGAACACUGCAGAGCUUGUGGACCUGAUCAUACACCACUUUGUGGAAUAAAAUGGAUUUAAAAAAAUGAUUUUUUUUUUGUUUAACCACAAUUGUGUAUAUGUAUGUGUGCGCACAUAAAUAUGCACAGUGUGUCGUCCGACUGUCACCAUUCUUUGAACAUAUUUUCGGUUAUUAGUAGACUAAACACAUUCACAGUCUGUAGAGAUUCCUCCAGUCUGUGCAGGCCUACAAGGACUAAGAAACAGCAUGUUGAAAGUUGAGGGGGUGAUACCCGAGUCCUAAUAUAGAUUUUAGAGGUGUGAAAUACAGGCUCAAACAGAUACAUGUACAGUAUAUAGAUCCUCAACAUUAAGGGGUACUUAAACACAUACCGUAUGGUGUUUUCCUUCCCUAGGACAAACUGGUAUAUAUGGGGGGAGAGAACACUUGUGUAUGAUUAUUUGCAACUAACUUAUCAGUACUAUUAAAAGCUGUCAGCCUCUUCCCGACAUAUACAACCUUCCAGUGCCAUAUCUGCUGCAUCUCCUGGGCCUGGAAGCUAUACUCUAUCUCUAACUAAAUGCUUUCAGCAUUGGAAGACGUUGCAAUAUUCAUUAUUUUUCUAGAGUAUACAUAUAUAUUUUUUUAAAUACCUGGAUUAAAGGGGAAGUGGCUGAUGGGCGUUUAGAUCUAAAUUCCCAUUUCAGUAUCCAGUUAUCAGUAUAGCAUAGAAAAUUUUAACUUAAAAAAAAAAUAAUCAUUGUAUUUAGUAAACUAGAAAUAUAUAUUUUUUUUCUUAUGGUGAACAAGUUAUGAGUUGUCCUCAUGUCAAAAUGUUUGAAAAAUGUUGCUUCAUGUUGCAUGUUCACCAGAAUAAGUGGCAUCUAGCACAAGAUCGUGGGCUCUUAGUGGGCAAGUGUCACAUUAGACUUUUCAUCCCAUUCCAUUGAAAUAAAGGGAAUCUAUUGUGAAAACUGUUUUUUGAAACGUCCAUUUACUUUAGUGUUUGAAUUUUAGUUUUGAUUUUUGGUCUAUAAAAAGUAUUUUCU